AGGUGGAGGUGCUACACAUUUGAUGUCAAUGGUAGACAAUGCUGCUGCUGCUGCUGCAGCUUCCCUUCGCAUGGUAGAGACAAUUCAACACAUGCCCUACAUACAAGUUUGCCCAAAGAACCCUGUGAAUUUCAAUGUUGACAAUGUGAGAGCUGCAAAACUUGUAGGGGGAGGUCUACAUAACUGCACAACAGUUAAAGGAAUGGUCUUAAAGGGUGAUACUGUAGGAAGUAUAAAGAAAAUAGACAAGGCAUAGAUGAGUGCUUCUUCUUGAAUUUUCUUUUUUUAAUCAUCAUGAACUUUUCUACUAGGCAUGAACAAAAGGACCGAACCGGCCCGACCCGGACUCGAACCAAGAACCGACUUCGGCGAAAAUCAAGAACCGAACAAGCCUGACGGUUCUACCGGUUCUGGUUUUUUCCGGUUUUUUGAUUUCGGAACCAGUCUUCGACAAAUAGCAACAUAUUUGCGUUAGGGAUAUUGUAAAUUGAUGUUAACUUGCUUGAUUAUGAAUUUAACAAAGAAAAUGGAGCUUAGAUCUGAUUUAUGAAGCUUUAUUUGUUUGAUAUAGAUUAUAAUUCAUGGAUUAUUUUUAUAAUAUGCUUGAUUGUUGUUUACUACAAGUGCUAGAGUUAGCUGGAAAUGCGGCUAGAGACAACAAGAAAACCAGAAUCAUUCCAAGGCAUCUUCUGUUGGCCAUUAGAAAAGAUGAGGAGCUUGGGGAAUAACUGAGUGGAGUUACGAUUGCUCAUGGUGGUGUUCUUCCAAAUAUCAAUCCUAUUUUGUUGCCAAAGAAGACUACUACUAAGGAGCCAUCAAGUCCUUCUAAAGCUGCUAAAUCUCCAAAGAAAGCUAAGAAGGCUGAAUAGAUUAAGCUGUUUGAAUUUUAUCAUUUUGUGAGAAAUAUAGGAAUGGGGAGAAUUGUAUUUUGAAGAUGUAUUUUACCAAAAUACAUAAUGCUAAACACCGUGGAUUGUGAAAUUGUUUGUUGGUUUUGUCAGGUGGUUAUGAUAGCUGGUGGUGUUGAUACAACUGCAACCGAGACCAAAGGAACUGUCCUCAUUCACAGUGCUGAACAGCUUGAAAAUUAUGCAAAAACUAAAGAAGCAAAGGCUGAAGAGCUGAUCAAAGCAGUUGCAGACUCGGUUGCAAAGGUUACUAUUAAUGGAGCAGCUGUAAGAGAGAUGGAUCUGCACUUCCGUGAACGUUACAAGCUUAUGCAAGGACAGUAGAAUUGUGCCACUGAAACUGAAUUAGCAAGAAAACUGAAGGAGUUUUCUUUCUCGGAGACAGGG